AUGGCUUGGCCUUCAACAGCUGGGUUUACGUUUAUGUCUAAAACAUACAAUGACACAUACCCGGCAAUAACCGCGGCAAAUUGCAAGCAACGGGGUCGAGCCGUGCUCAUCAGCGGUGCAUCCAAAGGUAUCGGACGAUCGAUCACAAUUGCUUUUGCACAGGCAGGUGCCUCUGGUAUCGCAAUAGGAGCCCGGACUUCGCUCGAUGAGGUUGAAAAAGACGUGAUAGCUGCAGCGCAGGCGGCAGGCCAUCCAGCGCCACAGGUUCUGAAACUGGAGUUGGACGUAUCAGAUGAAGCCAGCGUGGAGCAAGCAGCUGCCAAAACAAGGGAGGUCUUUGGCGGCCUUGACCUUCUCGUCAAUAAUGCGGGCCGACUGGAGGAGUCAGCCCGGCUCGCUGAUUCAGAUCCGAAAUCCUGGUGGAAUACAUGGGAGGUGAAUUUCAAGGGUACAUAUCUGAUGACCAGAGCAUUCGUACCCUUGUUGCUCGAAGGUGGAGAGAAGACGAUUGUCAACAUAACCUCGAUCACGGCUUUCGUCCAGCGACCUGGUGGAUCAGCUUAUCAGACAGGGAAAUUGGCGCUCUUACGCUUGACUGAAUUUACGGCUAUCGAGUACGAAGAUCAAGGGCUUGUGGCUUGGGCAAUCCAUCCCGGCUGUGUACCCACGGAACUCACGUCGACUUUGCCGCCAUUUGCUAAGGAGAAGUUGGUUGAUGAGCCGUCUUUGGUGGCAGAUACGAUCGUGUGGUUGACUCAAGAAAAACAGGCGUGGUUAAAUGGUCGAUAUAUAAGUGCUAAUUGGGAUAUGGAAGAGCUCAUGAGUCGGAAACAGGAAAUUGUUGAUGGAGAUAAGCUUAAAGUGCAACUCGUCAUAUGA